AGACCCACGCCCCCACGCUCCACACGGCCGUCGCACGCGCUCACGUGACUUCAUUCACUCGCAUCCUCCAUCGCACUUCCGCCUAUUCUCAACGCGACAUGUUUAAUUAUCAUCUUGCCGCCUCUGUGGAGCAGGAGAGAGUGCACCGCACCCUCUUUAUCCGGUGUGUCCCGGUGGGGCUGCCGCGUCACUUGGUGUACGAGAUUCUGUUCGGCGAGCCGGCCGACCUGCGGUACGCGUCGCUGGUGCAGCGCCUCCGCCACACCGCCACCAUCGGCAGCGGCAGCGGCGUUGUCCCCUGCGAGCCGGCAUCCUACCCCUGCAUCCCGCCCUCUCGCCGGCUGCUGCGAAGGGUGCGGAUACACCAGCCGCGACGCCGGGCGGUGUACUGCACCGUCUUUGUGGAGUUCGCCACGAGGGACGCGGCGGUGCAGGCGGAGGAGCGCCUCGAGGGCCUCAGCGUGGAGGAGUGGGGCGGGCAGGCUCUGCAGGCUGAGCCGGCGAGGGAGGCGAUCCGCGGUCGCCAUUGGGAGGACUUCGAUCUGCCUACGGGCCGGCCCUGCCUCUUCGGGCUGUUCGACGCCGAACUGGAUGAGCUGGACGCCUUCUUCUGCUCCCGCCAGCCCGCCUCCGCCUCUUUUCCCGCUUCCCCUGCCGCCGCUGCCUCCAACGUGGCCGCCGAGAGAGCCCAACCCUAG